AUGAUAGUGGUCCCGGUUCUUAUGAGUCCACCAAUGUCGCCAACCCCAACGGUGGCAGAACAAUCAGUACCAUCAGUUACCGUUUUGGAAAGACUCUCGGUUCCACAAGGUCGUGUUACGGCAAGUCUGUCGGCUCCACCAGGAGGUAUCGCAUGUAGCCCUUCACCACCACCGCCAGGGGCUAUCAGUGAUCAGUCACGGAACGUCAGGAAGAGCUUGUCUCCUCCAAGAAUCCAUGGGCUCAACGCUAUUACUACACCAUCUAGCUGUGUGCAGGUUCCAGGUAACGUGUCCACGUCUGAGGACUUGAGUACGGCAACGAAAAGCGAUACGACACUGAAAGGCAGUAGGGCCAAUAGUAUGGCGGAUCCACCUGUGAAGAACACCCAAGCGCCCGUCGUUGCGACACCACCACCACCACCACCACCGAAGUCUAACGAUAGCGGCAGUUUAGACGAUUUUACUGAGUUCUGCGAGUCGGGAACUGAUGCGUCGAGUAUCAUCGACGAUGAAUCUCAAUAUAGCGCUGUCGUCCACUUCAAGCCGAACAAGCUCAAAGUGAAGCGAGUGGCCCCGGUGCCUGGCUUGUGGAAAGUGGAAGGUGCUGACGAAUUCAUCAGUAAGAACAAACGCCUUGUCAGGGAACCCGAACAAGAAACGAUUCUCUACGUGUGGAAGGUUCGACCACGUGAAUUUGCCAUCAAACGCAUAAAGAUGCCAAAGACGACAGUUGUAAAGAAGCCAGAACCAGAGAAGCCCGUAGUCACGGUGCCGGUCACCGAGGAUCAGAAGAAGGAGGUUAAGUUCUCUGGAAUAACAAAGGACGAAAAAGUUGAGGAGAAGGUCGUGGUUGAGGAAGAAAAGAAGCCGGUUAAGAAGUUCGAGGCGCCAGUGGUGAAGAUUGAAAAGAAAACUCCGCCACCUCAGAGGAAAGUGGCGAAGGCUGCAGUUGUGGAGCCGUCAAAGGAGAAGGUUGAACAAGCGAAGCCUGCAGUUGUGGAGCCGUCGAAGGAGAAGGUUGAACAAGCGAAGGCUGCGGUUGUGGAGCCGUCGAAAGAGAAGGCUGGACAAGCGAAGGCUGCAGUUGUGGAGCCGUCGAAGGAGAAGGUUGAACAAAAGCCAGCUGUUCCGGAACCAAAGAAAGAUGUCGAGCUCAAUGGAAUGAAAGUGUCAGCGAAACCGGCAGUACCUAAGGAGGAAAAAAUUCAGAUAUCAGCCGUUCUACGUUCAAAAACUGCUGCAUGCAAAGGGGAAGUAACUGUAAUCCUGGUGCAGCCAGUAUUCGUGGUGUAUAAACAUCCUCAGAAGAUUCGAGAGAAAAAGCCUUUGGUAACGAAGUCUGUCAGUUACUCGUUAGUCAAGAAGCCCCUACAGCUCGACGGGCAGAAGACAAUCGUACAAAAGAAGUAUGCUACUUUUAAAGCACAACAUUUUUAUCGUAUCGCUAUUGUGAUCAACAGGAAGUCAUCAGCGUCGGUGAAACUCUCAUGUAAAGCAACUUCUAUCAAGCAUGCUACUUGCAUUAAGGAAUUCAACAGGAGAGCUGCUCAAUUUGGAGCUCAGGUCACUGUCGACGUUCCAAUGCUUGAUGUGAAUGUCAGUCGAGUACGACUGAGUAUCAAACGUCUUAAGAAGGCAUUGCCUCCUCCUCCUGUCGAAACCGAAGCUACGCCGAGGAGAAGUACAAGCGUGGAAAGCGAGCUCGCCUAUCUCCAAGCAGUUCGUAGAGCCGUAGAAGCUUCGCCGAUGUCCACAUCUACUUCAAGAGCAGCUGAAGUCCUGGAUGAUAUGAGGAAUUCAGAACCAGCACACGCCUUCAGGAGGCCUAGUCGAGAGGAAGAGUACAACGCUUCGGGUCACCUGAUCCUUCCUGACAAAUCGUUGCUAGAAGAAUACGUGAGGAGGAAGCGUGGACGGCUAGAGCAGCUCUUGAAGGAGCCCAUUGCUGAAAGAGGUGAACCGCGAUGCGAUUCGCCAGCGAAUUCUGUCACCAGUGAAUUGAUUCCUGCUUGUGCAGUCCGAGUUUUCGAACGCAGCCCAUACGGUGUGCCAGUGAUCACUGCGCCUUCGCGUAGUACAUCCCGUGUAAGCAGUGUAGGCAGUGUUGAACCAAAUACUCCGACCGUUAUGCUUGAUACCAUAACUUCGUACAACAACUUCAAUUCGACACCACAAGGAUUUUUGCGAGAUGCACGGAUCCAAAUUGCAAAGCCGAUCAGCUUCGAUCCGCCAAGAACACCGUUUGAAGAACGCCUUCAACAACAGGCACAUGCUAUCCGUAAAGCGUCGGCGUCGUCGAUUUUGUCAGCAGAUGAACGCUCUCCGUUGCUGAUGUGUUUAUGUCGUCGAGAUAGUACUUUUCUACAUCGUCAUCCUAUCGAUCGUCGUCAGACUGAGCGUAUGUGGAGGGAUGAAGUCUCAGAUGUGGAUGAGAACCAGCUCUAUCCAAAGGGCGCAGUGGAUGAGCGGUGGCGCUGA